UGAUGACGUCCGCAGCGCCGCCACGCUGGUCGUACUUUCUGACCCUCCCUCUGAGCUCUGCAUGCUGGAUUGGUUAAGGAGACAUGGGCAAGAAAAGGAAGACGAGAAGUUUAGGCCAGGCAAAAGAAAAUACAGGUGUGUUUUUCCACUCUGAGUUCUUAUAUCCCAGGGAACCAGACUAUGCAGAGCUGACCUAAGAUGCCUCGAUCUUGACCGAUGAAUCUGAGAUAAGUCACAGGAUGUUGAUGUCUCUACAAAAUGUAAAAGAAGUACCUGAAGAACCUGCUACAGAAAACCCAGUCCACUGUAACCUCAGCUGCUGUGUGACCGUGUGUGAGUCCAGCACUGAUGGAGUGGUGAUAGAACAUCCCAGAGCUAACGGCCUUGUGGAGGCAUCCUGUGGAGCCUCUCUCGAUGGAAAUGUGGACACAGCAAAUGAAUCUUCAGAGGAAGAGUCCACCGGGGAAAGAGAGGAAGAGAAUGUUGCGCAUAAUGAAGUCAUGAGCAGCAGCACUAAGACCACAGUAUUGAAUACGGAAACAGUUAAUGCCCAGCGCCCAAACUCCCUGUCAGUUCCUGCAGCAUCAGACUUGAGACUGUGGACUUCACAGGAAGACGGAGAGGUGAAAUUGAGAAUGGAAGAUUCCGGGCUCGCUGCCGAGACUCCAUUGACCGUUGACCAGUUGUUCACAUCAGCUGUAGACAAAUUUGGAGACUUCACAGCACUGGUUUGGAAGGAUGGCGACCAACAGAAGAGACUCAACUACAGAGAGUACCACCAGAACUGUCGCAUUGCUGCCAAGAGCUUCCUCAAACUUGGUUUGGAACGUUACCACGGUGUUUGCAUCCUGGGCUUCAACUCAGCAGAGUGGUUCAUGGCUGACAUCGGAGCCAUUUAUGCCGGUGGAUUUGCUGUGGGCAUCUACACCACCAACUCUCCUGAGGCAUGCCAGUAUGUAGCAGAAAACUGCAAGGCCAAUGUAAUUGUGGUGGAAAACCACAAACAGCUGGAGAAAAUUCUGCAGAUUGAAGACAAGCUGCCCCACUUGAAAGCCAUUAUCCAGUACAAAGAUGCACUCAAAGAAAAGAGACCAAAUCUGUAUACGUGGGCAGAGUUUAUGGACCUGGGGCGUAAUGAGCCUGAUGCUCCCCUUGAUGCCAUCCUCUCCAGCCAGAAACCAAACCAGUGCUGUACCCUCAUCUACACAUCAGGAACAACAGGCCAACCCAAAGGAGUCAUGCUGAGCCAUGACAAUGUGACAUGGACCACACAUUCCAUCAGCCGCCAUGUAAAGUUGACAGAAGCCACUGAGGCUCAGGAGGUGGUAGUGAGCUACCUGCCCCUGAGCCACAUUGCAGCUCAGAUGGUGGACAUCUGGAGCACCAUGAAGGUCGGAGGAGUAACUUAUUUUGCUGAUCCAGAUGCCCUCAAGGGUUCUUUAGUCAACACCUUGAAGGAGGCUCGUCCCACUGUCUUCAUGGGUGUCCCACGUGUCUGGGAAAAGAUGCAGGAAAGGAUGAGAUCAGUGGCAGCAAAAUCUUCAACAGUGCGCAGGAAAGUGGCUGCUUGGGCUAAAGAUGUUGGUCUUCAAACAAAUCUCGCCAAAAUGAACCAAAAUGGAUCUGUUACUCGCAAACCUCUCAGCUACCAAGUUGCCAAAAAGCUUGUAUUUAAAAAGGUGCGUAAUGCUCUGGGCUUGGACCGCUGCAAAAAGUGCUACACAGGGGCUGCACCCAUCACCAAAGACACCCUGGAGUUCUUCCUCAGUCUGGAUAUCCCACUGUACGAGCUGUACGGUAUGAGUGAAUGUUCCGGACCUCAUACUAUCUCCCUUCACAAUGCCUUUAGACUUACCAGCUGUGGUAAAGAGAUUGUAGCGUGCAAAACAAAGUUUCACCAGCCAGACCAGGACGGAAUCGGUGAAAUUUGCUUCUGGGGUCGACAUGUCUUCAUGGGUUACCUCAACAUGCCUGAUAAGACAGAAGAGGCUCUGGAUGCAGAUGGUUGGCUGCUCUCAGGUGACCUUGGCAAACAAGACAAGAAUGGAUUUCUGUACAUCACCGGAAGAAUUAAAGAGCUGAUCAUCACAGCAGGAGGAGAAAACAUCCCUCCAGUUCCCAUCGAGGAUGCAGUCAAAGAGGUAGUGCCACUGAUCAGCAACGCCAUGUUGAUUGGAGACAGGAAGAAGUUUCUGUCCAUGCUGCUCACUGUUAAGUGCCAGGUUAACGCAGAGUCUGGAGAACCAGAGGACGAUCUGACUCCAGAGGCCGUGCAGUUUUGUAGGAGCCUCGGCAGCAACGCCACAAAGGUUUCAGAGAUCGCAGGAGGUCGAGACCAGGCCGUGAACAAGGCCAUUCAGGAGGGAGUCAACAGAGUCAACCAGAAGGCGACGUCUAACGCCCAACGCAUCCAGAAGUGGAUCAUUCUCGAUCAUGAUUUCUCCGUGGUUGGAGGAGAACUGGGCCCUACCAUGAAGCUAAAACGACCAACGGUGGUAAAAAUGUACCAGGAGCAGAUUGAGAACUUUUACAAGGAGCUGGCGACUCCGUCAACUCCCAACAAUCCCCUGCCUCCUAAAUAGAGCUGCUCCUCCCUCUGCUGGUCAAACCCAGUCUGAUUUCUUUUUAACAGAUCCAUUCCACCUGGGGCUGUUCCUUUCUCCCGUGUAAAUAUGUCUUAAUGCUCAUUAUGUUGAGGUUUGUUUGUUUUGUUUUUUGUCAUUGUGUCUUGGUUUACAUGUGUGGGUGGGUUGUAUAUGGGAUUGAAACACAUCCUGUUUUACAGUAGCUUUAUCUUUCUGAAGAGUCCUGAAGCUGAAGUCCGCUAUUUAUUUGUUUUGCUGGGAUGAGAAGCAAAAACCUGACGGGUGAACUGAAGGCAGCUGUGAGUAAAAAGAGUUACUUUGUCCUAAUACUUGAUACAAACUUUGGUUUUGAAGGAGUCUGUUUAUUUUUUUCUCUCUCUCGCUCUCUUAACAUAUUUAUUUUCAGUUUGCCAAAGUUUAUAUGCAACAAUGGAAUUCCAAAAGAAGAAAGAUUAUCAUUCCUCUAACCAUCAUGUUUACUGGCCUUUUGCGUGUAGUCAGUUUAAACCUUGUUUUUGUCACUUUUUUAAAGGAGAAAAAGGCUUUUUUUUGUACGUAAAUGAAGUGCAGCCUUUCAUGCAACGCUACAAGUGGGUUUCACUGUUUUUUUGUUAUGUGGAAAAUGUUUACAACAAAUUAUUUGUUUUUCUUUUCCCUAUUAAAAAAACUCAAUUUUCAGAAAAGUUGAAAAGCUAAAAACAGUUUAGUUUUUAUGAUGUCUUUUUUACGACUUACUUUUCUGAAAAUUGGGUUUGUAAACUUUUUUUCAUCUUUUUUUUUUUUCCACUUGAUUUUCAUUUUGUUGACCUUUCGGUUCAGAAACUAUGGAAGCGUAUUGCUGCCACAAAAAAAAAGAUGCGCAUCACGAAAUAACAUGAAACUUAUUACGAAAUAACGAAACUUAUCACGUAAUUACGUGAUACUGAGCCAAUUUUUUUUCUCAGUGUGGCAGCAAUACGCUUCUGUAAGAAACACCUGCUUUUAUUCUGUGAUUGGGUGAAAAAGGAAGGACGUUGGUGAUGGGUUGUUCCUUUACAUGUAGAUACGCCGAUAGUGCUGCGUUAAAUUCCUUUCAUUGGUCUGUUGCUAUAUAUAUAAUGCAUCAAAUGUAUAAAUGUUCAAAGCUAGUAUACUCUAAUUAACAUAUAUGAAGUAACUGUGACUAACAUAACAGGUAUUUGUAGCAAUUUGGUAAAUUUAAAUUGAGGCAUGGUUAAAGGUCAUGGUUUCCUAAAACCAGUGAAAGUUCAGAGUAAAAAAAACCUACGUCAGUGUGAGUGUGUGUGUAUGUGUGUAUAGAUAAAAGAACAUGAUGAUUUGUUAUUCAGUUUGCUUGAGUUUAACUGUUAUUUAAAGCUACAAACAGAAAUUUUGUUUGACUGUCUGGAAUAAAGGUUUUUUAUUAUAAAUUUACUAUAAAAU